AGUCUGAGGAGAGGCACGAUGAACUUCAAACUGAGCUCAGACCAGUGAGAGCAAUGAAACCUCCAGCUUAUGUUCCAAUGCAGGCGAGGACCUAUGAUGGGCCCUCUGGACAGCCUGGAGGAUCUGUAUUGGUUCAGCACACCAGUGUGAACAUCGUCACUGAGCCUCCAAAGGACCAUUUUAUCUGGUCCCUCCUCUGCUUUCUCUACUCACACCCUUGUUGUUGUCUUGGACUUGCAGCUCUCAUUUAUUCUAUCAAGGCCAGAGACCGGAAGGUGGCCGGAGAUCUGGAGGGUGCACGACGUCAUGGGCUCACUGCCCGUGAGCUUAACAUUGCCGCCACCGUCCUGUUUGUCAUUGGAUUUGUGAUUUUAAUCUUAAUUAAGGUUCUGUGACUGCAAAUCUAUCUGAUUAUGCUCACAGAGAACCGUACUAUUAUCAUUUAUACCGAGAUUAAGUUAGUUGCUUCUUUGACUUGUUAUUAAGCCUCAAAUUCUGUAAAGAAAAACACAGCUUCAGACCCAUUGUUUAAAGUCAGAAAUAGGGGUGUGUUCUAAUAGUUCAUUUUACUUAGUCUCUCAGUUAGGAACUAUGGCGGUCAUUAUAAACGCUGCUCCGAUUAUCCAAAUACUAAGGAAAGGUGCUUCGGUGCUUCCUUUGUUGCUUCCGUUAGCACUGGAGCAUCCUUUAUAAAAAGGGAGGAGAAAAAGGCAUCCCAUAAUUCAUUGCAACAGACCAUUUGGCCAUUCAUGAAAACAAUGAAUAUAAUAAACAAAGUUGCGCAGAUCAUGUAAAUGUGGUCGGCCACCAGUGGUUCUCCAAGUGAUCCUGUCUCCAAAUCUUAGAGAAAAUUGUUUAUUGCCAAUUGAUGGAUUGUUUUAAAAAUGAGAAUGGUAUCUUAGAUGUGUCCCAAACAGGUUUUAAAAACCUCCAUAGCACUAAGUCACCACUCUUAUAGAUUUGACUACGUUUGGUUCUAUCGGACCACUAUUGAUUUGGGACCCCUGGCAGAGUAUUAUAAACCUGUUGUUACUAACCUGGGUUUUAAGAUGGACAAUAAUUUUAAAUUGAACACUCAAAUUAGGGCUACUGUCAAGUACAGUUUUUAUCAUUUAAGGCGCUUUAUCCAGACCGGAUUUUGAAACAGUAAUCCAUGCUUUUAUUUCAUCUCGUUUAGAUUACUCUAUUGCACUGUAUUUUGGAGUUAGUUUCUUCUCUCUCAUCUGCAGGUGGUUCAAAGCCUGUUGCACUACUUUUAACAGAACUCGCAAAAGAGAGCACCCAUCUUCGCUUCACUCCAUUGGCUGCCUGUACAUCUUAGAGUUCAUUGUAAAAUUCUAAUAUUUCUUUUUAAAUGUUUAAACAGUCUUGCCCCACCUUACCUCUCUGAGCUUCUUCGUCCUUAAUCACCCCCUGGGUCUCCUAAUCUCUGGAGCAAUCUGCCCCAGCACAUUAGAGAGGCCCCUUCAUUGUGCUCUUUUAAAACACGUCUUAAAACCAAUUUUUACUUGUUGGCGUAUGACACAGUAUGACCCUGAUUUUGUUGUUUUAGUGUAAUCUAAUGUGCUGAUUUUAUUGUCUUGAAUGCAGUUCUUAUUAUCAUUUUAUACUAUUUUAUUUUUGCUAUUUGUGCUGAUUUUAUUAUUUUAAAAUUAAUUCUAACCAUCAUUUUACAUGUGACUUCUUGCUUAUCUUUAUUCAUUGUAUCGUUUUUGGCAUAUCAAAUGUACAUCACUUUGUUUUUAGCUGGGAGCUGUUCCGAAAAUGAUAUAUUAAUAAAUUUCUUGCUUGCUUACGUUCUUCCCUCCACUUAGAUUUAAUAGUAACUGAUGGCCAGGGGAUGUCAGCAUUUGGUCUGUAUAAAUAUUAUGACACAAUGAACCUUUAUCAAAUCAAUUUCUUAAGUUAAAAAAAGUUUUAUUAUGAGAUUAGAUUUGGCCAUUUAUGGUAAGAGGUACAUUACAUACCCUAAACUAGGGAUGGACCGAUCCGAUAUUGCGUAUCGGUAUCAGUAUCGAUACUGACCUAAAUUACUACAUCGUAUAUCGGAGGGAAAUAAAGAACUGUAAUCCGAUCUAUUAAAUAUCACAAAAGCACCUCACAAAACUUGCGACAUGGCGUAACUCAGCUCAUAACCUUAGCUUGUCGGAGGAGUAUGUGGAGGAGUAUUAUCUGAAUAUUACACCCAAAGUUUUAAUCUGAUGUAAAAUGUAUAGAAGUCUAUUGUAUAU